AUGGAAGAAUAUGAAGCAUGUAUCUAUGGUUUGGAGGCGGCCAUCGACCUAAGGAUCAAGAUUCUUGAGGUAUACGGUGAUUCAACUCUGGUAAUAAGUCAGGUGAAAGGUGAUUGGGAGACUCGGGAUAGCAAGUUGAUACCUUACAAGGAGCAUAUUAGAAAACUAGUAGCCUAUUUUGAUGAAAUCUCCAUUCAUCAUAUUUCUAGGGAAGAAAAUCAGUUAGCAGAUGCUCUAGCUACGUUGGCAUCUACGUUCAAAGUCAAAUGGAAGAAUGAAGCACCAGCUAUCCAUAUUGACCACUUAGAUGAGUCAGCGCAUUGUCUAGCAAUUGAGGCCGAUCCUGAUGAUAAACCCUGGUUCUAUAACAUAAAGACAUUCCUAGAAAAAUGGCAAUAUCCCGAGGGUAUAUCCAUUAGCGAUAAGAAGGCUCUGAGAAGACUCUCUUUCAAAUUCUUCCUAAACGGUGAUGUGUUAUACAAGCGAAAUUAUGAUUCUGUACUUCUCAGAUUCGUGGAUAGACACGAAGCUAGUACGAUCAGAAAAUCCAUACAUGAAGGCUGCGAGGGUGUACAUGCAAAGGGUCCUGCUGUGGCCAAGAAGAUCCUCCGGGAUGGGUAUUAUUGGACGACAAUGGAGGUUGACUAUUAA